CCCAGAAUGUGACUCUCGAUGAAAUCAUGACCGCCUAUAAGCAAGCCUGCCAGAAGCUGAAUUGCAAGCAGAUACCCAAAGUACUGAAGCAGAUCCAGGAAUUUAAAGACCUGGCUCCCAGGAUAGACUGCUUAGAUCUGAAAGGGGAGAAACUGGAUUACAAAGCCUGCGAGGCGCUGGAAGAAGUUUUCAAGAGGGUCCAGUUCAAAACUGUUGAUUUGGAGCAAACGAGCUUGGAUGAAGACGGUGCCUCGGCGUUAUUUGACAUGAUUGAGUAUUACGAGUCAGCGACGCACCUCAACAUCUCCUUUAACAAACACAUCGGCACUCGAGGCUGGCAGGCAGCUGCCCACAUGAUGAGGAAGACAAACUGCCUGCAGUACCUGGACGCCCGAAACACGCCCUUGCUGGACCACUCGGCGCCCUUCGUGGCGCGUGCCCUGCGCAUCAGCAGCAGCCUGGUCGUCCUGCACCUGGAGAACACCAGCCUCUCGGGACGCCCACUCAUGCUGCUGGCCACGGCUCUGAAGAUGAAUGUAAACCUGCGGGAGCUGUACCUGGCCGAUAACAAGCUGAACGGGCUGCAGGACUCUGCUCAGCUUGGCAACCUGCUGAAAUUCAACUGCUACAUCCAGAUACUCGACCUGAGGAACAACCACAUCCUGGACUCGGGCUUGGCAUACAUCUGUGAAGGGCUGAAGGAGCAGCAGAAAGGGCUGGUCACUCUGGUUUUGUGGAACAACCAGCUGACUCACACCGGCAUGGCCUAUCUGGGGAUGACACUGCCUCACACACAGAGCCUGGAGACCUUGAACCUGGGCCACAAUCCCAUCGGGAAUGAAGGUGUCCGCAACCUGAAGACUGGGCUGAUCGGGAACCGCUCCGUCCUUCGCCUGGGCUUGGCGUCCACCAAACUGACCUGUGAAGGUGCUGUGGCAGUGGCGGAGUUCAUCGCAGAGAGCCCACGGCUGCUUCGCCUGGACUUGCGAGAGAACGAGAUCAAGACGGGCGGCCUCAUGGCAUUGUCACUGGCUCUGAAGGUCAACCACUCGCUGCUGCGCCUCGACUUGGACAGGGAGCCCAAGAAGGAGUCGGUAAAAAGCUUCAUCGAAACCCAGAAGGCUCUCCUGGCCGAGAUCCAGAAUGGCUGCAAGCGCAACUUUAUUCUGGCCAAAGAGAAGGAGGAGAAGGAGCAGAAGCUGCAGCAGUCAGCCUCGAUGCCGGAGAUCAAUGUGACGGAGCCUCUGGAGGAGGGUCCAGCAGAAGACAGCCAAGACGGCAGCGCCACCUCUGCUCCAGAAGAGGGGGAAGAAGCUGGAGAGACCCUGACAGCCUCGGAGAAUGGGGACACAGAGCCAGCAGAGGACGACGAUGAUGAUAGAGGCGACGUGACAGACUCCGAUUCGGACACGGAGGAGGAGGCAGACACUGCUUUAGCGACAAAGGACUUGAGCGAACCGCUGAAACACCCUGACUCCGCCGACGGCACUACUGUGCCCCAGGCGCUGCUGUCCCCGGAGAAGCUGAGGGACCACCCGCCCCCUCUGCGCAUCGCAGAGGAAUCACAGUGUGAUGCCAGCACAGGGAGUCCUGCCGCCUCUCCAGCCUCUGCAUCCUCCCAGGGAAAUGAGAGAAGGAUUUCGGUUUCCAGUCCCGGGCGAGGCCAUAAAAUCUUUGUGGUGACGCGAGUGGAGAGUCUGCCAGAGCGAGCUGCUGAUGCCAUGCACCCACGGGAGGAUGCGGAUGCCACCGUGAAACCCACUGAGCCCCAGAGCCUGGCUCUGGCCACAAAACCUGAACUCCUGGCACCCCAGGUGGAUGCAGUGGUUCCCGAAUCCACUGCCAGCUUGGCAACGGUGCCGGCAGCACCGAGCACCAGCUCCGACCCCAAGUGGGACGACCCCACGGCCUGCGAGAGUGCAGCUCAUGACACUCCCCUCCUCAAUGGACUGAAGACGGAUUUCGCGCGAGCGCUGCCAGAGGCGUCCUCGGACAGUGACGAGAAAAUGGGGAGCUGCGCUGCUGAGCAGGAGCUGGGCCACUCCAAGAACGAGCGGGAGCUGGAGGAGCUGCUCCUCGAGGCCAGCCAGGACGCAGGGCAGGAGCCGCUGUGA